AUGAAGGGUAUCUCUGCGGCCAUUGGCGUCUUUCUAGCGCUCGUUGGCCAAGGCCGUGCGAAUCUCGAUAUUAUUACCCUCAAUGCUAAGGGCGAUGCCUGGAUUCAGGAGGCCAGCGCUACACUAGUUCUGGGAGAUGUUCCUAACCCAAUGGCAGGCGACGUUGCCUUAUGGAGUGCCAUCAUGAUGGAUAAGAAAGACUUCCUCCAGGGAGUCACCGAAAACGCGCUUAAGAGUCCGUACUGUCCUAACCUCGGCAGUAAAUGGUGUAACUUCGCGUAUACCCUCGUAGGCUCCCGUGAUGCCAAGAACGGUACACCAGUGAGCGCUGCACCCGGGUCUCGAAUUAAGACGCAUUAUAAAUUGAACCCUGAUACGAAUCUAUGGGACCAGAACCUCUAUGUAAAUGAUAAGCUGUUGUCUAGCAUUUCGACAAGCAAGGGACAGCAUGGAGUAAUAUUCUACGUCUCGAUCGAAUGUGCAGCAGGCACAUGUUCUCCUGCCCCAGCACACGCUCCUCGGGAUAUUGUUAAGCCUCUCCCUGAAAGGGCGACAGAAGAGGACAAGAAAUGGCAACCUGUUGCGGAUUUUGAUACGGACAGUUGUUAUAACACGGCAGCUAUCAGUCCCGAUGGACAGGUUAACCCCGGGCAGAGUCAUGACUAUUCGGGACCCUCAGAACAUUGCCGCGAUUCCGCGCGUCUCAAUAACAAUAACGUCUACUCGCGUAAGCGUUGCAAUAAUGGAUGGUGCGCUUUUAUUUACGACUACUACUUCGAGAAGGACGUCGCAAUCCCUUAUGUUGCUGACGCCGCUGGCCACCGCAACGAGUGGGAGCAUGUUAUCGUCUUUGUGAAAGAUGGAAAAGCAGAAUACGUGGCGGCGGGGAGUCAUGGAGGUUUCGACACGCGAAAAGCAGAGCAUGUCCGAUGGGAAGACGAAACUCACCCGAAGGUUGUGUAUCACAAACACGGAGGGAGCACCCACGGGUGGCGCUUCGCCAGGAAAGACGAUGAUAAAAUCGAGAACGAGAGGGGAGUUUGGUUCAAAGGCCCCCUAGUUUCUUAUAACGGCUUCCCCAGCAAGGAACUUCGCGACAAGUUAAUGAGCCACGACUUUGACAGAGAGAGGUCUAUAGCUAAGCCGCGCAUGGCUAUUAGCGACCGCUAUAUCAAAAAGAACUUGGAUAAAGCAAGGAAAAACAAAAUACCCGGAUUUGAUUCCGGAGUUGACGAUGCCCAAUCGCCCGGAAUCCCAUGA